CGUGCAUACUGAUUUCAGUUUCCUUGAACUCGAAAACCUAUCGGGAAAAUAGAAGAAAACUAGAAAAGUCAGAUAACGCAACGGCAGGAGCAAAGGGCUUUAUUAAGGCCAUAGGACCCUGGGAGCAGCUGUGGCUCUUCGUGGCGACCAAUCAGACGCUGGGAAGGGAGCCAUGGCUGACCAACUUCAGAAGCGACCUGUUUCCAAUAUCGUCAUCAUCACUGCUAUGCAGACGGAGGCGCUUCCUGUUGUGAAUAGGUUCCAGCUCUCCGAGGACACUAACUCUUUGUUUCCACAAGGGGUCCCUUGGGUUCGCUAUUGUGGUACAUACAAAGAUCUCAAUAUAAAUUUAAUCUGGCCUGGAAAAGAUCCAACGCUGGGGGUUGAUAGUAUAGGCACAAUAUCAUCUUCUCUUGUAACAUAUGCUGCUAUUCAAGCAUUACAGCCAGACUUGAUCAUAAAUGCAGGCACUGCUGGUGGCUUCAAGGCAAAAGGAGCAAGUAUUGGUGAUGUUUUCAUCAUAUCAGAUUGUGCUUUUCAUGACAGAAGAAUACCAAUACCUGUUUUUGAUUUGUUUGGAGUUGGUUCACGCAAAGCUUUUGAAACACCCAAUCUUGUAAAGGAUCUUAAUCUGAAGGCUGGUAAGUUGUCUACUGGUGACUCUCUGGAUAUGACACAACAGGAUGAAGCAUCUAUCAUUGCAAACGAUGCCACAGUUAAAGAUAUGGAGGGAGCGGCAAUUGCCUAUGUUGCUGAUCUGUUAAAGGUCCCUGCAAUUUUUGUAAAAGCUGUGACUGAUAUUGUUGAUGGUGAUAAGCCAAGUGCAGAAGAAUUCCUGCAGAAUUUGGCUGCUGUAACUGCUGCACUUGAUGAGGCAGUGGAUAAAGUCAUUAAUUUUAUCAGUGGAAGGUGCCUGUCUGAACUUUGACGAUCUAAUUACACCUUACACCCCAUUUUUAAUAUUAUAACGUUACAUUAUUGUAUUACACUACAUUUGUUUGGGAUUUUAUACUUUUUUAUGCACAAAUAGCAACAGCUUGUAGGUUGAUAAAGAUUGGUAUUGCAGUGGUUGCCACACUGAGUUAGAUAGCCAAAGUAUGUCCAUUGACAUCGUUUGGUGAAUUGCAUUAAGCCUAAUGAUUCAUUGUUGCCACUGGGGAUUAUUUAUCAUAAAGAAACGAUGGUUUGAGGAGCUAAAUUUCUGAAGGUUAAAGGGUAUUAUUUUGCCCCUUAACUAUUUUGCAA